AGACCUGUAUAAUAAAAAUAUGCUCGGAUCACUGCCGCCCAGCAUUGGAGACCUGUCGCGCCUAAGUUCCUUGGUGCUCGAGGGUAACCAGUUCAGCGGGGAGUUGCCAGCAUCGCUUGACAGCCUUGUCAGUCUCGAGUUUCUCGACCUCGGGGCCAACCAUUUUAGAGGGACCAUCCCUUGCUUCGGCAGCUUGACGAAGCUCUGGUACCUCUACUUUUAUAAGAGCAGCUUUAGUGGGACCAUCCCGGACUGCUUGUCCAAACUCACCAGCCUUAGAUACAUCAAUUUAGCAUACAACGACCUCUCAGGCUCAUUACCCGCUUCAAUCGGCAACUUGGACGUUCUUCAAUCCCUGUCCUUAGGCCGCAACAGUCUUAACGGGACUAUCCCUGACAUCUUCUCCGGAUUAUCCAGUAUAACACACCUUACUCUCGGUUAUAAUCGCUUCUUCGGCCCUUUUCCCAACGUCGCAAGCCUGAAUCGGCUUGAUUUCCUAGAUCUCUCGUACAACUACUUGACAGGAUCCAUUCCAACCCUGGCUAAUUCUACCCUCUUAGAUAUUUUCUUAAUAAGCGGCAACCACUUUACGUCGGGGACUAUUACGAGCAAGAUCUGUUCUAAGGCCACGGUGCAAGUGUGGAGGAACUGUUUUGCUGCAGAUGAUGUGCCUUGCAAGCUGGAGCAGGAACAGCGAUCAGACUGCGCUGACUUCUGUGGGAUGAUUGCCCCUUCUGUUGACCCCUGUAACGGCCAUGGUUACUGUUAUGGCGGAGACUGGCGUACAUGGCAGGACCGCAAUUUAACGUGCGAGUGCUUCGACCAAUACGUGCUUGGGCCUACCGCACGGUCUUGUGUGACGGAGAGCUCUCAGGAUGAAGUGUUGAAGGGCCUGCUCACAUUGUGGAACUCAAUCAUUGACGGACCCUGGAAAAAUAAAACCCUGGAGUCAUUGCGGCCCUUUGUCAAAUACGAUUCUGACACAUUUAUUGUCAGCCUUGAAUUAUCAAAUCAGAGCUUGUCUGGAACCAUCCCGUCAAUUCUGUCACAGCUCUCUCGCCUCACACACCUGGACCUGUCGCAUAAUUAUCUGUCUGGAUCGAUUCCAUCCUCCUUCAGCAAGCUGGAUGGCCUUCAAACUCUGAAUUUGGGCAGCAACUACCUGUACGAAGGCACACUCCCCACCACUAUGUGCAACUCACCCUCGCCGCUCACUCUCUCCCUGCACGACAACUGCUUUCCCUCCGACGCCCUUCCCUGCGCCCUUACCGACGCCCAACGCCCUUCCUAUGAUUGCUCCACCUUCUGCGGCCUCUCCCCUCCCUCCACCCCGCCCUGUGCCGGCCACGGCAACUGCUUCUGGGAGGGAGGGGAGGGCCCAGUAACAGCCACGUGUGCAUGUGAUGAGGGGUUUGGCACUGGAAUCGUCAGUGGAUCGUGUGCGCCCCUGCUUCCAGACACGGAAUGGAGUAAUCUGCAACCUCUGAUGGCCGCGUGGGGAGGCUUUGAUGGCAGCGGCACGUGGAAGAGUGGCGUGUCGUGCGAGAGCAUGAAGUUCAUCGCAUGUGAUUCCACCAACCAAAUCGAUCUGCUGAACGUGUCAGGGCAGGGCAUCUGGGGGUCCAUUCCAGACACCAUCAGUGACCUCGCGUCCUUGACUUUGCUGGAUCUGUCGGGGAACUACUUGACAGGUUCGCUACCGAGCAGUCUGAGCAGUCUCUGGAACCUUGACGUUCUGUCUCUGAACAACAACUACCUCUACUCAGGAACCCUUUUCAAGACAACAUGCAGACUCAAACUCUCUCUGGAGGACAACUGCUUCCCCUCCACCACCGUCCUCUGCCCCCUCCGCACUUACACCCAGCGACCCUCCAAAGAUUGCUCUGCUUUCUGCGGCCUCUCAGUCCCCGCCCCUACCACCCCACCCUGUUCUGGCCACGGUUACUGCUUCUGGAAGGGGGAGGCAGACACACGCACAGCCAUGUGUGCAUGUGGGGAGGAGUAUGGCAAUGGGGUGGAUCCAACCACAUGCAAGACACGAUUGCCAGAAAAGGAAUGGCUGGUGCUGAACGAUCUGAAAACGGCUUGGGUUGGCUUUGAGGGUGGAGGCACGUGGAAUGAGAGCACCCCGUGUGAGCGGCUGGAGUAUGUUACGUGCAACGCUAACAACCACAUUGUGGCCCUGAAUGUGUCUAAGCAAGGAAUAGUAGGGUUCAUUCCAAGCUCCAUUCAAGACCUGGUGUACCUCACGUCUCUCAAUCUGUCGAAAAACGCCAUAGCAGGGCCAAUCCCUGACUCCUUCAGCCGUCUGACACUCCUCCAGAUCUUGGACAUGUCACACAACCAGCUUUCAGGAGGUAUACCAAGUGGAUUCAGCAAGUUACAAAAGCUUGUCAAGCUGGAUCUGAGCAGCAACUACCUGUACAGUGGCACGCUGCCCACCACCAUGUGCACUUUAUCCUCAACGCUCGCCCUCUCCCUGCAAGACAAUUGCUUCCCUGCUGGCCGCUUACCCUGCGCUCUCAGCCACACCCAGCGCUCCUCCGUCAAAUGCUCAGCCUUCUGCGACCUCUCCCCUCCUGCCAUCCUGCCCUGUUCUGGACGAGGCUACUGUUUCUGGAAAGGAGGGGAGGAUUCAGGCAGCGCCACAUGUGCAUGCGGGGGAAACAUUGAGACAGGAGGCAAUUUCAGAGCGUGCGACGGCAUUCUCUUGAAUUCUGAGUGGAAAGCAUUACAAGCGAUCAAAGAUACGUGGAAAGGGUAUGACGGGAAUGGCACGUGGAGGCAGGACACAAGAUGUGACGACAUGGCGAACAUCACUUGCAACAAAAAUUACCACAUCGUCAGCCUUCGAGUGAAUUAUUCUGCAGUUGCAGGAAGAAUACCAGCACUUCUUGGGAAUCUCAUCCAUCUGACCGAAUUGGACCUUUCCAACAACCGACUCAGUGGCACCUUUCCAUCGACUAUCGCACAGCUUACCAACCUGGUCAAUCUGAAUCUGCGGAGUAAUUUGUUCAAGGGCGACCUGCCAGGAGCCUUUUCAGGAUUGACUCUAUUGAAAAAGCUGGACAUCGGUGCGAAUGAGUUCACUGGUCAGAUCCCAGAAUGGAUUUGUAACAUGACAAGCCUGACCUACCUAAUGUUGGGGGAAAACAUAUUCGACGGGCCCAUUCCUGAGUGCAUGUCAAAUUUAACAAAACUUAUCACUUUGAGCCUGCAGCGCAAUCACUUUUUUGGGAAGGUGCCCUCGUAUCUGGGGUCUUUUUCCAGCCUUACAAAUUUGGAUCUAGGCGACAACCGUUUCUGGGGAAGCAUACCAUCUUCAAUACUGCUAAUGAAGUCUAUCAGAAAAGUAUCGUUGCACAACAAUAUGCUCAGUGGAGCCCUGGUGGUGCCGCCACCGAAGGUCACUCUCACUGCAUACCACAACUACCUUUCCGUUUUUUCCCUCAAGACCAAGUCUUGCAAGAAGGGCCUUCUUGAAGGCAACUGCUUCAAUUUCGGAAAAACAUCCAAAUGCUCCAAAAUCCGCCAACGACCGAUGAGCGAAUGCACUCCAUUCUGCGGCCUUUCCCGCAAAAGCCCACCCUGUGGGGGGUUUGGCACGUGCAUUCGUAAUGGAACCGCUGAACGGCUUGUUUGUGACUGUAAAAAGGGGUAUGUCCAAGGAGAAUCUCUGGCCACCUGCAUUCCUGAAGCAAUGGGUAACCCCCGAUCCACCACUUUGAUCCCAACCAUGGUCACGCUCACCGAGCUCACAGCACCAUCCAACGGAUCCUUCUUCUCCGACACGCGCCUCCAGCUUUUCUCGUAUGAGACCAUUGGAGGUAGCUGCGGCCGGCAGUUCUACUUCAAGGCCAGCUUCUCCUUCAUCAUGAUUCCCAGAACUCGUGGCAGCGGCGGCAACGGGCUCGCGUUUGUCGUUUCCGCGACAAACAAGACCACCAGCACCAUCGGUAGCGGCGUGGGGUAUGCCGGCAUGAGCACACGCAGCAUGGCUGUGGAGUUUGACACGUGGCAGGACAAGGAGCACAAUGACACGAGCGCAAGUCACGUGGGAGUGAACCUGAAUGGGAACUCCUUGUCGAAUGUGACGGCCAACACCUCGACAGUGCCGCUGAACAACGGAAAGAUGUACUUUGCAUGGGUGGAGUACAACCCUGAUGACAAGGCAGAGAGCUUGAAGGUGUACCUCGCGGAUUCAUUCAGUGCUCGCCCGGUCGACCCCAUGGUCUCCAUGAACCUCUCUCUCUGUGACGUGCUGGAGCCCACGAACAAGUCCUACUCGUUCUACUUUGGCUUUGUGGCCGCGUCAGGCCUUCACGCGCAGAAGCAUGCAGUGGGCAUGGCAUCCAUUAUAACAGGAUACAACUUGCCACCACCACUUCCAGUUAAGAGAAGCAUGGGCCUACUCGUGGACGUAGCCACGUUCAACCCGCAAACUACGAGCCCGUUCACGCGCUAUGUGAGCGUGGGGCACACCAAAGCACAAGACGACCAGGACACAUGGCGAAUACCCACCUACUCCACCUGGACCAUUGACCCAAACUGGCUGCCCAAGGACCAAGGCUCAUGUG